AGUCGUAUAUGUUGUUACACAUCAAACGUUUACUUCCAGGUUAGAUCUGUUGAAUAUGGUUUUGAGGUUUGACGUUUUGUUAGGCCUUCGGUGAUUCAGUAGCUUUUUUAUUUGAUUUGGAUGAAGAAGGAGAUCAAUUUGAAAAUUUGUGUAUGCUGCCAGAUCUGCACUAGAUUUGGAGUGUUUUUUAUUUCUUUAUUUUAAAGUUCAAGUAGUCGGCAAUAAGCGGUACACUUGAUGCAGAAAAUGGGUGUUUGGAUUUUAAUGUCAAUUAUUUCAAAUUACUGAUAUAAAAAUGCCAAGUGUACGAGAUAUUGAAGGAAGUAUAUGGAUUGAAAUUUUAGUAAGAGCGCUGCUGGCAUUGAUCUUCAUUGAACUGGAAGGUGCAACGCCUUUUACACGAAAGAUUCAACCGGAUGAACUAUGGCUAUAUAAAAAUCCAAGGAGUGACAGUUAUGUUCCUACGAGUUUGUUAUGGCCACUUGUAUUUGUUACCCCAACUGCUGUAAUCCUGUUUGUAUUCUUGCUUCAAAAAGACAAGACCGAUGUUAGCCAAGCAAUACUUGGCUGUUCUCUGGGACUUUCAUUAAAUGGAGUAUUCACAAAUAUUGUGAAAUUAAUUGUUGGUCGGCCAAGACCUGAUUUCUUCUGGCGUUGUUUCCCUGAUGGAGAAGUGAACCCAGACUUGAAGUGUACAGGCCAAGAAUCUGUUGUUAUAGAAGGACGCAAGAGUUUUCCCAGUGGCCACUCUUCUUUUUCAUUUGUGAGUAUGGGAUUCAUUGCAUUUUAUCUGGCUGGAAAACUUCAUGUUUUCAACUCAGUUGGUAGAGGCAAGUCAUGGCGGCUGUGUGCCUUUCUUCUUCCUUUAUCUAUUGCGUUGGCUGUAGCGUUAAGUCGAACAUGUGACUAUCACCAUCACUGGCAAGAUGUUUUGUGUGGCUCACUGCUGGGUGUUUCAAUUUCUUACCUGUGCUACAGGCAGUAUUACCCUAGCCUGAUGUCCAUCUACUCUCACAGACCAUAUGCAGCCAUCACACCUCAUCUGGAACUGGAGGCUGUUCACAGCAGUCAGUCCUCCAUUGAGAAUGAAGAGCAGAUAAAGUGGAUUUAAAUAGGAAGGUUCAUGUACAGGGGUCCACGGUGGCUGCGCGGUCUGAGGCGUGAGCCUUGUGCCACUUGGUCGCUGGGACCGUGGGUUCGAAU